GUGACUGUCUAUCAGGUCCCCUAUUUCGAGGUCUACUUCAUGUCAUCCAACGAGCUGCUCCAGAAUACGUCAGUGCUGGCUGUUCUGCUGUUCCUGGCCCUGGUGCUACAGCGGACCUUCCUACAGGCCUCCUACUAUGUCACCAUAGAGACCGGCAUCAACCUCCGUGGAGCCCUGCUGGCAAUGAUCUACAACAAGAUCCUGCGUCUGUCAACCUCUAACAUGUCCAUGGGAGAGAUGACCCUGGGCCAGAUCAACAACCUGGUUGCCAUAGAAACCAACCAGCUCAUGUGGUUCCUCUUCCUGUGUCCCAACCUCUGGGCCAUGCCAGUGCAGAUUGUGAUGGGCGUGAUCUUGCUGUACUACCUGCUGGGGACCAGUGCUCUGAUUGGAGCUUCAGUCAUCGUGCUGCUGGCUCCAGUCCAAUACCUGAUCGCUACCAAGCUGGCUGACACCCAGAAGAGCACCCUGGACCAGUCUACGGAACGUCUGAAGAAGACCACAGAGAUUCUGAAGGGGAUCAAGCUGCUGAAGCUGUACGCCUGGGAGAACAUCUUCUGUGACAGUGUAGAAGAUACCAGGGGCAAAGAGCUCACCAGCCUCCGCACCUUCGCCCUCUACACCUCCAUGUCUAUUUUCAUGAAUGCUGCUAUCCCCAUCGCUGCUGUGCUUGUGACGUUUGUCAGCCACGCCCUGAUCAACAAGUCCAAACCCAGCUCCUCGGAGGCCUUCGCUGCUCUAGCCCUCUUCCACAUCCUGGUUACCCCACUGUUCCUGCUCUCCACCGUGGUCCGCUUCGCAGUCAAGGCCAUGGUCAGCGUCCAGAAGCUGGGUGAGUUCCUGCAGAGCGAUGAGAUUGGCGAUGACAGCUGGAGGAACGGAGACAUGCCUGUGUCCCUAGAGGCCUGUAAGAAACACCCUGGGUCGACCAAGGCUAUAAACAGGAAGCAGCCCCUGCUCUACCAGAUGGACAGCUAUGAGCAGCCAGCACGCAGACCACUGCGACCCAACGAGACUGAGGACGUGGCUGUCAAGGUCAGGGGUCAAAGUUCAACACCUCAACAAGCUCAUUGGCCCUUCUUCUCAGGACCUGUGACACACACAGCACCGCACACACUCGCUGACUGCAUGCACGGACACAGGGGCAGACACGUAGGCUAUCAACUCACAGACAAGCUAUCUCCAGGUCAGCUGACCAUGAUCGUGGGCCAGGUGGGUUGUGGGAAGUCGUCCCUGUUGCUGGCCAUGCUGGGAGAGAUGCAGACCCUCAGUGGAAAGGUCUACUGGAGCAAACUGCCUGUGAGUGAGAUGCUGCACGAGGCCAACAGUUGUUUUGAGACGGACGGGUCUUUUGAAGAAACCAGGAGUAAGAACAGGUACUCUGUGGGCUACGCUACCCAGAAGUCUUGGCUGCUGAAUGCCACCGUGGAGGAUAACAUCACGUUUGGCAGUCCCUUCAACAAACAGAGAUACAAGACUGUGAUUGACGCCUGCUCCCUGCAGCCUGAUGUAGACCUCCUGCCCUUCGGAGACCAGACGGAGAUCGGAGAGAGGGGGAUCAACCUGAGUGGAGGCCAGAGACAGAGGAUAUGUGUGGCUCGGGCUCUCUACCAGAACACCAACAUCGUCUUCCUGGAUGACCCGUUCUCAGCGCUGGACAUCCACCUGAGUGACCACCUGAUGCAGGAGGGCAUCCUGAAGUUCCUACAGGAUGAUAAACGCACCGUGGUCCUGGUCACACACAAACUGCAGUACCUCAUCCACGCUGACUGGAUCAUAGCCAUGAAGGAUGGCUCAGUGCUGAGGGAAGGCACUCUGAAGGACAUUCAGACUCAUGAUGUAGAGCUGUAUGAACACUGGAAGACCCUGAUGAACAGACAGGACCAGGAACUAGAGAAGGACACUGAGAUUGAUAACUGUCAGACUGCUCUGGAGAGGAAGACCCUGAGAAGAGCUUUCUACUCCAGAGAGGCCAAGAACCAGGUCGACGAUGACGAAGAAGAGGAGGAAGAGGAGGAGGAAGAGGAUGACAACAUGUCGACGACCACCAGUCGGCGCUCUAAGAUCCCGUGGAGGGUGUGCUGGCAGUACCUGUCCUCUGGUGGCUUCCUCAUGGUCUUCCUCAUGGUCUUCUCCAAGCUGCUGAAACACUCCGUCAUGGUCGCCAUCGACUACUGGCUGGCCGAAUGGACUGCUAAAGGCAAUGUCCCAGUCAAUGGGACUGCUAAUGGCGAUGGCCCAGUCAAUGGGACUGCUAAUGACGAUGCUCAUGGAUAUGCCCCAGACUUUGGAAAUGUUACAGGAGACUUUGUCAAUGCCUCUGCAGCAGCUGUCUUCUCUAAUCGGACAAACUCAGUGGCUGGUCUGCCUGACUCCUACUAUGUGCCAGUGUUUAUCAUCCUGUGUGGAGCGGGAAUAGCCCUGUGUCUGAUCACCUCUCUGACUGUGGAGUUCCUGGGUCUGUCUGCUGCUACCAACCUGCACCACAACCUGCUCAACAAGAUCAUCCACGCACCUAUCAGAUUCUUUGACGUGACCCCCUUGGGCCAGAUCCUGAACCGUUUCUCGGCUGACACCAACAUAAUAGAUCAGCACAUCCCUCCUACCCUGGAGUCUUUGACCCGCUCCACUCUGCUUUGUCUGUCAGCCAUCGGGGUCAUAGCGUUCGUCACCCCAAGCUUCCUCAUCGCUCUGGUUCCUCUGGCUGUGUCUUUCUACUUUAUACAGAAGUACUUCCGGGUCGCCUCAAAGGACCUUCAGGACUUAGAUGACUCCACCCAGCUUCCUCUGCUCUGCCACUUCUCUGAGACUGCAGAGGGACUCACCACCAUCCGAGCAUUCAGACAUGAAUCUCGAUUCAAGCAGAAGAUGCUGGAGCUGACAGAUACCAACAACACAGCCUACCUGUUCCUCUCUGCUGCCAACCGCUGGUUGGAGGUCAGAACGGACUACCUGGGUGCUGUCAUUGUGUUAACAGCAGCAGUAGCCUCAAUAUGGAGCUCUGGCAAGAACCUUCCCUCUAGCAUGGUGGGGUUAGGCCUGACCUACGCCCUUACAGUGACCAACUACCUGAACUGGGUGGUGAGGAACCUGGCUGACUUAGAGGUCCAGAUGGCUGCUGUCAAGAAGGUCAACAGCUUCCUGAGUACAGAGUCUGAGAACUACGAAGGCUCCAUGGAUACCACCCAGGUCCCCGAGGACUGGCCCCAGCACGGAGAGAUAAAGAUCCAGGAUCUGUGUGUCCGUUACGACCCCCUUCUGAAGCCUGUCCUCAAACACGUUAAUGCCUACAUCAACCCCGGACAGAAGGUGGGCAUCUGUGGACGCACAGGAAGUGGAAAGUCCUCCCUCUCUCUGGCCUUCUUCAAUAUGGUCGACGUGUUUGAAGGGCGGAUCAUCAUUGAUGGUAUAGACAUCUGUAAGCUGCCCCUCCAGACCCUGAGGUCUCGUCUGUCCAUCAUCCUCCAGGACCCGGUGCUGUUCAGCGGAUCCAUCCGGUUUAACCUGGACCCAGAGCGUACCUGUACUGAUGACAGACUGUGGGAGGCGCUCGAAAUCGCCCAGCUGAAGAACAUGGUCAAAGCCCUUUCUGGGGGACUAGACGCGGUGGUGACAGAGGGAGGAGAGAACUUCAGUGUGGGUCAGAGGCAGUUGUUCUGUCUGGCCAGAGCCUUCGUCAGGAAGAGCUCCAUCCUCAUUAUGGAUGAAGCCACUGCAUCCAUCGACAUGGCAACGGAGAACGUCUUACAGAAGGUGGUGAUGACAGCCUUCGCCGACCGAACAGUCGUCACUAUUGCACACCGUGUCCACACAAUCCUGGAAGCUGACCUGGUGAUUGUGAUGAAGCGAGGGAACAUCUUAGAGAUGGACAAACCAGAGACCCUUCUGGAGAACGAGGACGGCAUGUUCGCUUCCUUCGUCAGGGCUGACAUGUAGGCUCACACACUGUCAGCCAGCACACCAUCAGUCUAUCAAUGAAUCAGCCUCCUCAGUGUUUCCCACAAUGCAGAGUUCCAGAUAUUAUUACCAUUAUUGACUGAAGCUCAUACUGUAGGUUUUAGACAGGGGAAAUGGAGCCAGGCCGGUUGACCACCUCCACUUGGUAAUGGUAGGGGAAACACUGCUUCCCAAAGCACCACUGAUGGCCUUCUUGUGUUGAUUAUUGGUCAUGUAUUAGUUAUUGAGUGAUUGAUUGAACGAGUGACCUAUUAACUUGGUCGUGUAAGGAUCACAAUCGGUCGUUAAAUAUGAUUACAAUUUUACAAAGCUUUACUUAAAUGUUUUAUGUUUAAAUGAUAUAUUUAGUUACUUAUUACUAUAUGAUGAAUGUAUAUAUUUUACACCAUUAUUCAUAGGUAAGCAAUAAGCAGGUAUAGUGUAGUAUUACUACAUUGGUACGAACACUGUAGGGUAUAUCGCUGGAGCAGUUUUAGCCCGGUGACCCUUUGUCUGUCUGAUUAGAUGCGAUGCUGACUGAACCCUGGGACUGUGGACAUUUAGUGGUCACUGACUCCUCUUUGGAAAAGGACAGCUUUCACCCAAUGGGUGUUCUCUAAAGGACUGAAUCUUAAUGUGAGAUGUGCAGGCCUAACUUCAACUCAUACAGAACUUGUGUACUGUAAACCACACAUCCAUGUCAAGAUGUAUGUGAAAACGUGGAGUUACGCAUGUUGGUGUUAAGUUAAGAUCCAGCCCUAAAUGAUAAGGGAAGAUUCCGCUUUCUUCUACCUGCCAUAAGCCAGGCCAGCGGUACUUUCUACCAUACAUGGUGCUGGCUGGUGUAAUUGGUAAGGAAAGUGGUUUCUAUUUUCAGUAUUAAACCUGGUUUCUGGGGAGCUGUGCCACUGUCCCACUGUAGUACCUGAAUAUUUUGUUAUUUUGCAUAUCGAACAAUGAUAAUUUUAUAUUGACUUCUUUGUAAUGCCUGAAUGCCAAACUGAUUAUUGUAAGCUACACUUUGAAGAAUGUCGGUAUCUGUUUUUAUCGAUAUACUGCUGUGUUGUUUUGUUUGUCAGUGUAAAGCGGUUUCUCAUCUCAAGAAAUUCGUUUUUAAAUCAUUCUUCAUUCUUAUUCAAUCCCAAACUCAUUACCCAGAAUUCCUGCCCUACUUUCCUUACACACGUGUGGUCUGUUUUCCCACUCGUGUUUUCAACUCAAGACUCCCUCUCUAUAAUCUAUGAAUGUGUAGGCGUCUUCUAGCCUGGUUAAACAAGACUGAACCAUUGUUUCGUUUAGCUUGGAUUCCAGGCUACGUAUCUCCCCUCAACCUCCAUACUCUCCAUUGUAUACAUUAUAAGUGAGUAGCAGCUAAGUAUAUUUAAUGUAGCUUCUGCUGUGGCGGGGGGUCCAUGUAAAGGCCAAAGGUCAACCACAUGGCCCCUAUAGUGUGGCUGCUAUCCUUCACCAGAGUUGUCUUUUUAUGGGCAAGCAGCACUUUGGAGUCAGUCAGUCUGUCAGAAAGCGUGGAGACACAACACCCACCCCUCUCUAGAACGAUGACAUCAUGAGAGCAGAAUGACUAUAGAUAUAGAGCACUGAUAUACAGUUGAAGUCGGAAGUUUACAUACAUCUUAGCCAAAUACAUUUAAACUCAGUUUUUCACAAUUCCUGAAAUUUAAUCCGAGUAAAAAUUCCCUGUUUUAGGUCAGUUAGGAUCACCACUUUAUUUUAAGAAUGUCAAAUGUCAGAAUAAUAGUAGAGAGAAUUAUUUAUUUCAGCUUUAAUUUCUUUCAUCACAUUCCUAGAGGGUCAGAAGUUUACAUACACUCAAUUAGUAUUUGGUAGCAUUGCCUUUAAAUAGUUUAACUUGGGUCAAACAUUUCAGGUAGCCUUCCACAAUCUUCCCACAAUAAGUUGGGUGAAUUUUGGCCCAUUCCUCCUGACAGAGCUGAUGUAACUGAGUCAGGUUUGUAGGCCUCCUUGCUCGCACAAGCUUUUUCAGGUCUGCCCACAAAUUUUCUAUGGGAUUGAAGUCAGGGCUUUGUGAUGGCCAGUCCAAUAUCUUGACUUUGUUUUCCUUAAGCCAUUUUGCCACAACUAUGGAAGUAUGCUUGGGGUCAUUGUCCAUUUGGAAGACCCAUUUGCAACCAAGCUUUAACUUCCUGACUGAUAUAUCCACAUAAUUUUCUUUCCUCAUGAUGACAUCUAUUUUGUGAAGUGGACCAGUAUGAUGCUGCCACCCCCGUUCUUCACGGUUGGGAUGGUGUUCUUCGGCUUGCAAGCCUCCCCCUUUUUCCUCCAAACAUAACGAUGGUCAUUAUGGCCAAACAGUUCUGUUUUUGUUUCAUCAGACCAGAGGACAUUUCUCCAAAAAGUACAAUAUUUGUCCCCAUGUGCAGUUGCAAAACGUUGUCUGGCUUUUUUAUGGCGGUUUUGGAGCAGUGGCUUCUUCCUUGAUGAGCAGCCUUUCAGGUUAUGUUGAUAUAGGAUUGUUUAGCUGUGGAUAUAGAAAGAUUUGUACCUGUUUCAUCCAGCAUCUUCACAAGGUCCUUUGCUGUUGUUCUGGGAUUGAUAUGCACUUUUCGAACCAAACUAUGCUCGUCUCUAGAAGACAGAAUGCGUCUCCUUCCUGAGCGGUAUUGAUGCUGUGUGGUCCCAUGGUGUUUAUACUUGUUUGUACAGAUGAACGUGGUACCUUCAGGCAUUUGGAAAUUGCUCCUGAGGAUGAACUAGACUUGUGGAGGUCUACAAUUAUUUUUCUGAGGCCUUGGCUGAUUUCUUUAGAUUUUCCCAUGAUGUUAAGCAAAGAGGCACUGAGUUUGAAGGUAGGCCUUGAAAUACAUCCACAGGUACACCUCCAAUUGACUCAAAUUAUGUCGAUUUGCCUUUCAGAAGCUUCUAAAGCCAUGACAUCAUUUUCUGAAAUGUUCCAUGUUGUUUAAAGGCACAGUCAACUUAGUGUAUGUAAACUUCUGAACCACUGGAAAUGUGAAACAGUGAAAUAAUCUGUCUGUUAACAAUUGUUGGAAAAAUUACUUUUGUCAUGCAUGAAGUAGAUGUCCUAACCGACUUGCCAAAACUAUAGUUUGUUAAUUAACAAGACAUUUGUGGAGUGGUUGAAAAACAAGUUUUAAUGACUCCAACCUAAGUGUAUGUAAACUUCUGACUUCAACUGUAUAGUCUCUAGGAGAAUGACAUUGGAGAUGAGUGGUAGUAGGCUAUUGUCCCUCUGAUGAAUUUGAAGGCAAGGCUGUGGUGUGUAAGGCUAUGACUGUGUUAAUCCUACACUUCUAAAAAACGGUUCCAGAAGGGUUCUUUGGCUGUUCCCAUAGGAGAACCCUUUUUGUUGUUUUGCCUGCUAGAAGCCCAAACAGAUAUAAUGUUUAACUAAAACAUAACCAUAUUCAACCUUGCUUACAUUUGUAUAUGAUCACGUGUCUCUAUUACAGUAUGUGUAAUAGAGGGGAAUAGAUUUAUUAAAUUGGGAAUAGAUGGGAAUAGAUUUCUUAAAUUUAAAUAACUUGGAGCUGAUUUCCUGUUUUGUUUUGUAGGGGGGGGGGGUGCUCAGAAAGCUUGACGGGGCAAAUAAAACCACCCGCGGGCCAAAUUCGGGCCAGUUGGGGAAUCCUGUCUAGGUUCUAGAUAUAAAAACACAGCAGCGUUGCAGUUCUUGACACACUCAAACCGGUGCGCCUGGCAACUACUACCAUACUCCGGUCAAAGGCACUUCAAUAUUCUGUCUUGCCCAUUCACCCUCUGAAUGGCACACAUACACAAUCCAUGUCUCAAUUGUCUCAAGGAUUAAAAGUCCUUAUUUAACCGGGUCUCAUCCCCUUCAUCUACACUGAUUGAUGUUUAUUUAACAAGUGACAUAAAUACGCAAUUAUAGCUUUCACCUGGAUUCAUCUGGUCAGUCUAUACCAUGGAAAGAGCAGGUACACUCUACUUAUAGAUCUAUGGUAAUUCAGACUGCAGAUAUCCUUGAUCCAUAUCACAGAGAUUAUAUCAUCUUCUCUGCUUUUACUAUUUAUAUUUUCAAUCUUGGGAAUGUGCACAGAAAUAUAUGUUCAAAUAUUAUCAAUAAUAAUCAAUAUAAUUCCAAGACUACAGGUUGUAUUUUUCCAUUUUAUUGUGGGCUUGUGUCUGUCUCAUAUGUACAUUGUGUAUAAUUAACAGAUGUUUUAAAUAUAGACAUAGUUGAUCAUUACACUGUGUGCCUACCUUUUUUUACACUUGAACUGAUAAUAAAAAUGUGCUUUGA